AUGGAUCACCUGGCUGAUGAGCGCGCGAAUGCAACGUUCGACGUGAGCGAGAUGAGCGCCGUGGUGUGGAACGGCCAGGAUCGCGUGGAUCGCCUUAAGCGCAUGGCGCGGCUCGUCGCGCAGGACCCGGUGUUUUCCCGCACGGACGGCUCGCACCUGACGCGGCCGCAGGCGAUGAAACUGUCGCUGCAGAAGGCGGCGCACAUGAUCAAGCGCGUCAAGGAGCUCCAGCUCAACGAGGAGGAGCGCUACCUGUUCAAGCAAAUGGUCGAUGAUAUCAACUUCUCUGACCUGCACUCGUACAUGUUCAUCCCCGCUAUAGAGGGGCAGGGCACGGAUGAGCAGGGGCGCGAGUGGCUGCCCAAGGCGCGGGCGUUUGAGUGGAUUGGGUGCUAUGCGCAGACGGAGCUGGGGCACGGGAGCAACGUGCAGGGGCUUGAGACCACGGCCACUUAUGUGCCGGAAACGGAUGAGUGGGACGUGCACACGCCCACCAUCACUGCUACUAAGUGGUGGCCGGGAGGGCUGGGAAAGGCGUCCAACCACGCGGUGGUUUAUGCGAGGCUUAUCAGCAAGGGCAAGGACCACGGCGUGCACGCCUUUCUGGUGCCCAUUCGCAGUCUGAGCGAUCACAAGCCGCUUCCAGGGGUGACAGUGGGGGACAUAGGGCCCAAGUUCGGCAACAUGGGGUACAACACCAUGGACAACGGAUUCCUUGCCUUCUCUCACGUGCGCAUCCCGCGCACCAACAUGCUCAUGCGGUACGCUGGUGUGGACCGGUCGGGCGAGUACCACCGCGGCAGCGCAGCGGCGAGGCAGCUGGCGUACGGUGCGAUGGUGUUUGUGCGGCGCAGCAUCGUGAUGGAGUCGGGGAUCGCCCUCGGCCGCGCCGUCACCAUCGCCGCUCGCUACUCGUGCGUGCGCCGCCAGUUUGGAUCAAGCGAAGGGGGGGCGGAGAGCAAGGUGAUGGAUUAUCAGACGCAGCAGAUGCGUCUUCUCCCUUUGAUCGCGUCCGCGUACGCGUUCCUGUUCGCGGGCAAGUGGAUGGCGGAGCUGUACAACGAUGUGGUGGCGCGCAUCAAGAGGGGCGACUACUCCACCCUCCCUGAAGUGCACGCCGCCACUGCUGGGCUCAAAGCGCUCACCACCGCUGCCACCGCGGAGGGCAUAGAGGAGUGCCGCAAGCUGUGCGGGGGACACGGGUACUCGCUCUACUCCGCCCUGCCUCAGCUUUAUGCUGCCUUUGUGCCCACGUGCACGUACGAGGGGGAUAACACCGUGCUGCUGCUGCAGGUAGCACGAUACCUGCUCAAGGCAGUGAGCCAGGCGUCUGAAGGCAAGAGGCCGGGGGGCACGGCAGCAUACCUGGGUGAUGCCAACAACCUCACCGCCAAGUGCACUGCUGACACUGCCUCGGACUUCCUUCAGACGUCCACACAGUUGGCAGCGCUGCAGGCGUGUGCAUUCCAUAAGGCUGUCGCUGCCGCCACCGCUGUUGCUGCCGCUCCUUCCCUUGAAAAAGGCUUCCUCGACAACAGUGUGGCGCUCACAUCAGCCUCCACUGCCCACUGCCGCCUCAUAUCUGCUGCCAAGUUUGUGGAGCGAGUGCAGGAGCUGAGAGAUGCAGGGCGGACGAGCCAGGGGGUGCUGGGCGCCUUGCAGCUGCUGUGCGACCUCUACUGCCUGCACCUUGUAGACGCCUCUGCCGGUGACCUUGUGGCAGGGGAGUACUUUAGCCCGGACCACCCUGCCCUCGUGCGACAGCAGCUGCUCGCCCUGCUGCCCCAGGUGCGGCGGAUUGCAGUGCCAUUGGUGGACGCCUUUCAGUUUUCGGAUCAUUUCCUCAACUCCUCCCUGGGCCGCUUCAACGGGGACGUUUACACGGAUCUUGUCAGCCGGGCCACUGCGGAUCCUAUGAACAUUCCGGAUGUUAUCGAUGGCUACGAGGAGUUCCUCCGUCCGUUUAUCACACGCCAAGCUGCACGUCUGUAG